AGUGUAAAAUGCGUGGCGCAAAUGUGUGUGAAACGCAAUCGCGUGUGACCACAAAACGAAAAAAGUUCACAACGUCAUGAAUGUAUGAUGUCACAACACAAUGGAAAUGAACAGGAACAGGGGAAAACCUCAAACAAGGAAAUCACAAUAACCACAAAACGAAUUUUAAACAAAAUGGCGGCGAUAUGAAUAAAUUAGGUCAAAGAUCUUUUUACUUUUUAAAUAUUGACACAAACAAUUAGUUAUUAUGAAGCAACAAAGUUAAACACAGAUGUUUAACACUAACAAUUAAGUUGACAAGUAGCGACACGUUCGCUAAGCUGCAAAAACAAGUGUUAACAUCCCCUAAUAACCAAACACUUACACUACAUAAUCUCAUUAUGUAGCUGGUGGAACAGAAACCAUACACCAUAAUAACACCCGACGCAAAUCGGUUCAUUAGCUUAGACAUUUUUUUUUGCAAGCCGUGAAACGUAAGACUUAGCAACCGACGUUCGUCCGAGUUGAGUGGGGCACAAACGAUGCUAAUAUAUUAAAUACCGACGCAUCGACAGGCCCACACUGGUGAUUAAGUGUUAAACGGUGUUAAUCGCUCAAAAGUGCAACGAAUUUCAAACAAUACACGCGUAAAUUGUUGAAAUAAAAACAACAAAAUGAACACCGAAGAGUUUAGAAUUCGUGGGAAGGAGAUGAUUGAUUACAUCUGUGACUACAUGACGAAUAUCUCCGAAAGAAGAGUUACACCAAGUGUUGAACCAGGGUAUCUGCGGAAGUUAUUACCAUCGGAUGCUCCUGAAGAAUCUGAAGAUUGGGAUGCGAUUAUGAAAGACGUGGAGGAGAAAAUUAUGCCUGGUGUUACCCACUGGCAACAUCCGCGUUUCCAUGCGUAUUUCCCAUCGGGGAAUUCAUAUCCAUCCAUUUUGGGGGAUAUGUUGAGUGAUGCGAUUGGAUGCAUCGGAUUUUCAUGGGCUGCAAGUCCGGCUUGCACAGAACUAGAAACAAUCGUAACCGAUUGGUUCGGUAAAGCAAUCAAUCUCCCCUCAGAAUUCAUCUCAUCCUCACCUUUAUCUCGUGGUGGAGGAGUAAUUCAAUCAUCCGCAAGUGAAUGCGUCUUAGUUUGCAUGUUAGCCGCACGUAAUCAAGCAAUAAACUAUCUAAAAAUCGCCGAUGAAGAAGAAUCUGUUUACCUGCCACGACUGGUUGCCUACUGUUCAAAAGAAUCGCACUCAUGCGUAGAGAAAGCCGCCAUGAUUCUUUUGGUAAAACUACGCAUCCUUGACGUGGAUAAAGAUUCAAACCUCAAUGGAGAGACUCUACGCGCCGCCAUGGAAGAAGACGAAGCGAAAGGAUUGUUUCCUUUCUUUGUAUCAACAACGCUAGGAUCCACAGCGUGUUGUUCUUUUGAUAAACUGAGGGAAAUUGGACCGAUUUGUAAGAGUAAGAAGAGUGUUUGGCUGCAUGUAGAUGGCGCUUACGCCGGAAAUGCAUUUAUUUGCCCUGAAUUAAGGCAACUUAUGGAUGGGAUUGAAUAUGCUGAUUCAUUCAACACUAAUCCUAAUAAAUGGCUGCUGGUGAACUUUGAUUGCUCUUGUUUAUGGGUGAAAGAUAGAAUGAGACUCACAGGAGCACUGAUUGUGGAUCCUUUGUAUUUACAACAUGCGAAUUCUGACGAGGCGAUUGAUUAUCGCCAUUGGGGCAUUCCUCUAAGUCGACGCUUCAGAUCCUUGAAGUUAUGGUUCGUUAUCCGGAAGUAUGGCAUUCGUGGCUUGAGGAAUUACAUUCGUAAUCAUAUAAUGCUAGCGAAAUACUUCGCUGAGUUAGUAGCUAAGGAUGAUGACUAUGAAGUCCUCAACGAUGUGAAAUUAGGACUUGUCUGUUUCCGGAUCAUCGGCAGUGAUGGUUUAAACCGAAGAUUAUUGGCGUUUAUUAAUGCUUCGGGUAAAAUGCAUAUGAUUCCUUCGAUGGUGAGCGGAAAAUAUGCGAUUCGAUUCUGUGUGGUUGCUGAACACGCCUCUAAAAAGAACAUGGAUGAUGCCUGGAUGUUAAUAAAGUCCAUGGCGCAAGAAUUAAUGGAAACUCAAGCGGUUACACCGGAAGCAGUCACGCGUCCGCCAUUAACACGACAAAAAUCUCGAAGAUUCUCUUUUACCAGACAAGUUUCACGCGAAGUUUAUACGAGAUCGUUGAGCAAAACCAACCUACACGAUGGUGCGACCCCUAUUCUCAUCCCAGAUGAUGAAACGCCUGAUUAUAACGAUGAUGACGAUGAAGAUUAUGAUUAUUGUGACUUGAAAGAUGUAAAUGGUGUGUUUGAUGCUGAAUUGCCAGCGAAUAUCAAACCCAACAGUAAUUUUAAAAUGUUGGCGACACGGUCGCAGAAUACGCAAUCGAGUUGAUCCAUAUGUGUGUGUAUUUAUUUAUGUGUAUCGUUAUUAUAAACUAAUCUAACGUAAA